CAGCACAGAGAGAGUAUCAGCAGCAGGGAGCAUCCUCAAACCAGCAAGGGCACUGGGGUGAACUGACAGUGGUGACCUCAUCAACCUCACUUCUAGAAGAUAAAUACCGAACGAGAUGAAGACGUUUUUGUUCUCCGUAGUGUUUGCGUUCGUCCUUUUUUCUGGACUUGAAGCAAGAUUAUCAAAACUAAUGAAGGAAAGUACAGAAGAAUGCGUCUGUCUGAACGGAGGAACCUGUGUGUAUUACAGACUCUACGGGAGACCUUUCCGAUGCAUCUGCCCCAAAGGCUUUACCGGAGAACAGUGUGAAAUAGAUAUUAAAUCAAAGUGUUAUAAGGAUACAGGCUUUGACUACAGGGGCAUCGCAUCUAAGACUAGCCACGGCAGAGACUGCUUGCCCUGGGAUUCAGUUGAUAUAAGGCAUCAUUACUUUAAUACCCAGAAGAAGGACGCCUUCGUACUUGGACUUGGCAAACACAACUUUUGCAGGAACCCGAGCAAAGGCUUAAAGCCAUGGUGCUAUUUCAAGAACGGGAAAAAAAUCGCAGCCAUGCCUUGUGAUCUUCCAAAGUGUGAAGAAGAAAAGAGUCCUGAACCCACAUGUGGCCAACGUCAGCAUAAGAUGUAUAAGGUGGUCCGUGGGAGUAGCACCCCCAUCGAGUCCCAGCCGUGGAUGGCCACCGUUUACCAGAUUUCAAGGAGGAGCCGCCAGGAAAAUUUUCUGUGCGGCGCCAGCCUUAUCAGUCCGUGCUGGGUGCUAACCGCAGCCCACUGCUUCCCUGACAGUGAGUUCCCAGAACCCAAAGAUUAUGUGGUCAUCUUGGGAAAGUCUAAUCUUGACGAGGCCAAUGAAGAGAAAGAGCAAAAAUUCCAGGUUGAGAAGGUUAUCCGACACGCAGACUACAAUGACCAUACUGGAGCACUGGACAAUGACAUAGCUCUGGUGAAAAUUCGCUCUGCAUCAGGGAAGUGUGCAUCCAUGACAGAAUCCGUCCAGACCAUCUGUCUCCCACCAUCCGAGCUCAAAAUGGCGAGCAGCACCAAGUGUGAAAUUGCCGGAUUCGGCAAAGAGUCCUACAACAGCUUGGUUUUCUCUCAGCUUCUGAGGUCCACGUCAGUCCAGCUGAUCCCCCAGGAGCUGUGCCAGUCGGAGCUUUACUACGGGAAACUGAUAAACAACAAUAUGUUUUGUGCUGGAGACCCCGAGUGGAAGGUGGACGCCUGCAAGGGGGAUUCUGGUGGACCUCUGAUAUGUUCCCAUGAUGGACAGAUGACCCUCUAUGGAGUAAUUAGCUGGGGGGACGGAUGUGCUAAGGAAAACCGACCUGGAGUGUACACCCGCAUAACACAAUAUCUACCCUGGAUAAAGGAAAACAUGGCAGAGGAUAAUUACAAGCAGAAAACACCCAAAUAAUGAAGUUUGAUCCAAACCUCCAGUGGCUUAUCUCUUCACUGCUAGUGGAUAAGGACCUGUAAGCCUCGACGGAGGGGAAGUUGGAGACUGUUACUGUGACAACAUUUCAAGAAUUCGUUGACCACACAAGCAAUGGUGCAAUGUAAGGUUGACCAAAACGUUCCAUGGUUGCUGUCGAAAAAACCUUCAACACCAGCGUUUAUGCAUUGGUCAUGGACAUAAGUUCUUAAGAUUUAGGUGCAAAUUAUCUUCUGGUUUUGAACCAGAGGGUCUUCUGAUCCAUGAGUGGUCAUCAUACAUCCCCCAAAAAGUUCUUCCAUACACGGGGAGGGAUUUUAGUUUAAGUAACUUACCACCACCCACCCUAGACUUACGUAAUUGGCUAUCUGGUCCUCUUAACGUCGGCAGGAGGAAUUUGGGGACCUUAUGCAGCACCUUUUCCACCUUGUGGUGUCCAAGUAUCGCACAUCCCGUCACGGGUGUAUUCAGACGUUUAUGAAACUGAAUCCUUUUGUUGGGAUAUGCAAAUGAAGGUAUUUGGUUUUUUUAUUAUUAUUAUUUCCUGAAAAAAAAAUGCACUUAACCCGUUCACCGCUGGACUGAUUUUAUACAAAACUACGGAGUUUCAUAUCUUCGUGACAAUGGUUUGUAACAAGAAACACAGAAUCUCAAGAUGGGUGACCUCCCUCUCUCACCGAGAUGAACUUGCUUCUAGGCCAACGUUCCCAAACUGACAUUUCUUAACGUCCGACGUUCUUCAUGGUUUCUCGGAGUCUGAAUGCUAAUUAAAGGGGAAGCGUCAUAUUACGAUUC